GGUUACGGGCACAGCACGCCGCAGACCGUUGGUGGGAAGAUCUUUUGCAUGUUCUACGCUCUGUCCGGCAUACCGCUCUGCAUCGUCAUGUUCCAGAGCGUGGGCGAGCGCCUCAACACGUUCGUCACCUUCCUGGUCAAGCACAUCCGGAAGUGCUUCAGGAUGAAGAACACGGAGGUGUCGCAGACCCACCUCAUCUUCAUCGCCAUGAACCUGUCCACCAUCGUCCUCACGUCGGGGGCGGCCAUAUUCUCCUACUUCGAGGACUGGCCGUACAUAGACUCCUUCUACUACUGCUUCAUCACCCUCACCACGAUCGGCUUCGGCGAUUUCGUGGCGUUGCAGAAGGACGACAUGCUCGGAAAGCAGCCGCAGUACGUGACAUUCUGCCUCAUAUUUAUACUAUUCGGCCUGACUGUGAUCUCUGCAGCCAUGAACCUACUGAUCCUUCGAUUCCUCACUAUGAACACUGUGGACGAAAAGAGGGAGGAGAUGGAGGCAGCCGCCGCCGCAAGGGGCGCCGUGAGGUUGGACGGGGACGUCAUAACGGCGAACGGGAGCGUCGUCUCGGGCGCCCAGGAGACCCCGGAGUAUAAUGACCUUAUUUCGGUUUGUUCGUGUUCCUGCUACAACCUCAGAUCGAAGGGGAAGCCCCGGUACUCGGUGACUCGGGCGCCGGGGAAGAUCUCUCAUUUACUGCCAAUGCAAGCCACUUCCACGAAAGAAGACAGCCAUAGUUGUACCGAUGAUAGUGCCUCGUUCAUGCAGUGGCAGAAUCUAGGAAAGAAACGGGCUUCUAUUUAA